UCUACUUUUAUCAGCUACAAUGUCUAAGUGUUAUUUUUGUGCAUUAUUUUAAUAAAUACAAGUGAAAAUGAGUGAAGUAGACUUACAAGUUCUUGGUCGUAGUUCCCAAGAUGAGCCCGAACACACUAUCCCCACAGCGAUGCAAGAAGUCAAUCUAGCGUUAAAAGAAUGCGGUUUCGGCCGGUUUCACAUAAAGCUUCUACUAUCUGCGUAUGUAGGAUAUACUUGUGGACUAGUUGUGUCCAUCAGCACGCCUUAUAUACUGCCCAUAGCUGAAUGUGACUUGAAUAUGAGCUUGUUGCAAAAAGGAGUGUUGAAUGCAAUACCGUAUGUUGGAAUGAUACUGUCAUCAUCAUUAGCAGGGUUUUUAACAGAUACAUACGGCAGAAAGCGGUUUAUUGUUUGUGGCUUUCUAGGUAUAUUCUUUUUUACCGUUAUUUCUGGUUUGAGCCAAAAAUAUUACAUAUUAGUCACGUCGAAAUUCUUCGAGGGAUUGUUAUUUGCGACUUCAUUCAGUCCAUUCUUGGCGCUAACCUCUGAGCUAUGCCACAGCGGAAUCAGGGAUCGAGUGAUGCUGGUCCAAUCGUCCUUUGUGGCUAUUGGACAGAUUUCUGUCGCUUUAAUUUCCUGGGCAAUUCUCAGGUGCGAUUGGAGGGAUGUGCUGUUCAAUGGGUAUAUAGUCCUCAAUACAUGGAACUACUAUCUCCUGAUAAUGUCAGUCUGGUCCCUCUGUGCGAGCAUCCUGUACAUGUUUUUACCUGAAAGCCCUAAGUUUUAUGUAACACAGCACAAAUACAAUGAAGCGAGAGAUGUUUUAAUUCGAGUGUACAAAGAAAACACGGGAAAACCAGCGGAAACUUUUAAGUAUGUGAACUUAUGGAAAGACGAAAUGAAACAGGCUAUAGUUGAGACUCCGGAAGGCGAACAUAAGAGCCAACUAUCGGCUGGCUUCGAGAAUAUCAAACCGCUGUUUCGACGGCCUUUGUUGUUGUAUCUAUUGCUCUUCUGUUUUAUAAACUACUUCACAAUGACGCAAUACAACGUACUUCGGCUGUGGUUUCCACAACUUUCUACAAUAGUGGAGAACUACAGACAGAAUGGGACUGAGGAUUUUUGUGUCAUGUUAGACGCAUAUACCCAUGAUCUUAGAAUUAAAGUUAACACUGCAAGAGAUGAUGAUGUGUGUUUGCCGGUACGGAGCGGAGACGAAACAUAUCUAAACACAGUCAUAUUAGGUUGUAUCUGUCUAGUACCAUUUAUCAUCACGAGCAUCCUAGUGAAUAAGGUCGGCAAGAAGAACCUAUUCCUCGUCUGCGGCUUAUUAUCUGUGGGCUGUACGAUUGCCCUGAGAUGGACCGUGUCUAAGAUUCUAUUGGUCUCGUUAUUUUCAACUGACGUGUCUACCGCGCAGACUAUGUUGAGUUUGACGCAGGCUAUGGUCCUGGAACUAUUCCCAACUAGUUAUAGGUCGCUCGCAAUGGGUCUAAUUAUGACGGCUGGUCGUAUGGGAACGUUGGUUGGUAACGUAACGUUCCCAAUUCUGUUGGACUUGGGGUGUGUGAUACCAUUCUUCACUUUAUCUGCAAUUAUGUUAGGUAAUUGUAUAAUGGCGUUAUUUUUGCCCACCAAGAAGACGUAGAAUUAAAGAAUAAUUAAAUGUAGUAUAAAUAUAGUAUUAGUGUAAAUGAGAAGUUGUUUUGUUAAUAAAUUAUUUUAUUUUAA